AUGGCUCAAGAUAUUACCAGUCUGGUAGGCGAGAUCGAGCGGAUCGUGACGGCCCCUUACAUCCCAUCAUUGCAGGAUUUAUACAAGCUGGUGCAGGAUGACAGUCGCUCAAUAAUCAAGUGCUGGGCUCUUCAAAAGCCGUGUCAGAUCGGUCUAUUAGCCGACGCGCUGGUAGAAGGCUUGUCGCGCUCGCGGAUCGCACUCCCACUGCUCGCUACCUUUGUCAACGAAAUCGCAUUUCGAGAUGCAGUUUUGUUUCGGCAUCCUGCUAUUUUCGAUGUUUUUUUGGAAAAGGCCGUCGACAGCGGUGAAUCAGACUUUCAGCUAGCCUGCGCCUCGUUUUUAUCUCAUCCAUUCCCCCAAGAAGUCGUGGCACCUGCCCGAGUGGCUGACCUCAUCGCAGCACUGGUGUCUACCAUGGCCAAGAACCCGUGUAAUGAGACAAUCAAGCCAUUGCAUACCUUAAUGGGUGGGCUUCAAGGAUGCUCACUCCUCCAGUUCGAAGUUCCAGAUGAAGUCAUGUCUAAUCUCCAAAUAGAAUUUACCAAGACUCUUCGAAAUCUGGAUGAUCAUAUGGGUGUUCUCUUGUGUCUCGCGACAUUCGCACGUAUUGCAUCCAUCCAAAGUCACGAUAUUAACAACAGGCUCGAACCCAAGACUCCAUUCUGGUUUUCCAGUAUUCGGCAUUUUUUUGGUGCAAAGCGUGGUCUAAAAACGCUAGACCUGGUAGCCCUGCGCGUGAUCCUUGCCUGCUCUUCAAACUGCAACAAUUUAACACCACCCCAAGCUGCUGAAAGUGUUCGUCUUGCUAUUCACAUUGCAGAGAAUAUUGAACCAGAGCAAAAAGAGGCGUGGAUAUCAGCAAAUCCGUCUAAGAUGACAAAGCUGUUUGAGAAGAUUGCUCGACAUGGACUGGAUCGAGAAAUCCACAUGAUGGGAAUCGCAUUCAUAUCUCGACUUCGUCCGGCGGCUGACCUUCCAUGUCACAUACGUGAGAUGGAGUUACAUGCCCUUGUCUCAAAGGGAAGUAGGAUAACCAUGGGGGUCAUGCCCCCUCAUCUUAUCCGGCAUAUGGCAGAAUCCUUAGCUUGUUCUGAGGAAUCAGCCAUCUAUCAUCUUCUCAGGUUCACAUUUGAGGCAGUGCAGGAUGGCAAUCUGCCCAAUAAAAAUUCCCUGUCCGAUUUGAAACUGUCGAACUUGAUUCUUGAAGGGUUCCAGGCCUCUCAAUCCCCGGCAUUGGCUUCUGCUCUUCUCGACUCGGUCUCCACGAAAGACAGCAUAUUCAAGUUGUUGGCAAAUUUUCCAGUUAAGGCGAGCCAAAACCAAUGCCAAGGAGAAGCAGCAUGCAAUUCUGCUAAGGUAGCAUUGCAGAACAAGGUUCUGGUCAACCUUUUCGAAAUUUACUUCGCUGCAGAGCUCUCACGGAAUGGAAGCAAUAGAGAGAUUGGAGUUAUGAAGUCCUUCGUUGACCGGGCUCUCGCGUCGCACGCUGAUUGCCAAUGCUCUUUCAUCCUGUCAAAUUCAAAUGACUUCAGACGUCCCACCUCCUUGCGAAGCAACAAUGAUUUUGCAACCCCACAGCUUCCAACUCGUGACUGGCGCUCGGGAGUUAGCGACGUAUUUAUGCGAGAUGCAAACAAUUGCCAUGAUAAUAUGAUGAAAAUAAUUGAGGAAGCCUGUGUUGAUUUAGAGCGGCGGUGCCAUGAUGUCGAAGGACCAUUACGCUCCGCAGAAGAACAACGCGACCGACAAAUUUUCGAAUUCAAACAGUUGAAUGUGUAUAAAGAGGACCUGGAAAGACAGCUAAAAGAAUCAUCAGAAAAUAACUCUGACCUCCAGCAGAGCCUCGCUCGUUUAGAGGAACGUGCAGAAACUACAUGUUCUCGAAUGGAAGAGAUGUCUGCUUCUUUGUACUUGGCUCGACAGCAGUUCGAGAACCAGAAACGUAACUUUGAAACAAGCCUUCAAGAUGAAAGGGAAACCGCCCGCGGCCGUGAGCUAGAGUUGAUUGCCACGUGUACCGAGAAAGACGAUCAACUUGAGGAGCAACAAGAAAGGUUGUGCAGUGUCCAAAAUGAAAAACAACAGAUGGUUGAAGCUUUGCAGCGUGCUUCGAAAGAUCAGGAAACUUCAUCAGAAACAUCUAUAUCUUUGAAGACUGAGCUUACAGAAAUUAAUCAGCAGUUUGAGGCAACCAAAGCUUUGUUUCUUGAAAGGGAGAAUGAAGUUCAAAGGCUGUCGGCAGAGAAUGACGAAAUGCAGAUGGCCAUGGAUCAUAUGAAAGCAACGAUGGAAGGACAGAGCACAGAGACUGAUAAGCUUCAUAUGGCUUUACAAGAAGCGAAAGAAGAAUAUCAAUCAGCGCUCAAGACGACAAAUGAUGAAUAUGAGCAAGAAAUUUCGACAGUCAGAUCAGAGAUCCAACAUCAGAAGGAGGAAGUGAGUCGCCUGCAUACUGCAAUGCAGGUAGCUGCCUGUGAUGCCUCCAAGGAUCUUCAAUCAAAAGACAAAAAGAUUCACCAUCUAGAGAAAAAAAUCCAAUCUCUACGUGAUGAAAGAGCUGCCAAGGCCCGGGAGUUUUCAGAGGCUCAGCAGCAUAUAGGCAAAUUGAUGAACGUGAUGGGAUUCACGACUAAUCAGCCAAAGUCCCCGACUCCUGGGGAAAUUCCUCAAAAGAGCCCUGUCAAGAGCCAGAGACGGAGCAUACGCCAAUGCCAUGCCUAUGAAAAUGAAAAUGAAAAUGAACAAACCCAGCUAGAUGAGUCGUUUAGUGAGAUGAGAGGCCCUACUCCUAAACGUCCACGGGCAAAUCGCAAUCCCACAAGCCCGAAUACCCGGGAAUCACCAUCAACUGCAAAUUCCGCUCGUCAAGCCCUUGGCGCAGUGGAUACAAACAGCCCCAACAAAGCACGGUUGACACAGAUCCCGAAAGAUACACAGUAUGGUGAUGAAAACCACCUGCAAGCAAUUGAGCUCGAUAUGGAUUUGGAAUUUUCUAAAGAUUUUCUCUUCAGCAGUACGGCCUUCUCUGGCUCUAACGAUCAGGCUGCUCCAUAA